GUGUGUCUUCUUUAAAGAAAAGGCACCGAUUUGUACUUAAAACUAAAAAAGCUAUUCCGAUGUUGAAUCUGAGUACAAACCCAAAAGAGAGAGGAAAAAAAAAAAUCACUUUGAUUAUUAUUGUUCUGGGCAUCAUGAUAGUUUGUACACACUGCUAAGUCCAUGUGGAUGAAAAAAUGGAUUAGCUUUCCUUUUUCCCUUGCAGUUUUUGCCUUGAACAAUAAGAGUUUGGGGACAAGUUUAGCAUCCCAUCGUCACUUUUUUCAGUUAACUAGUAUGGGCAUUCGCCUGUUUGCUAGAAUUUUCCAAGGCUGCGCUUGAUUUCCUACCUGAGUAACUACACAAUCUGGCUAUUGGGAAGGAUCAAACUAGCUUUAAAGAUUACUUUGCUGAACAUAGUCGAAGUGAUGUAGAACAUAUUAGCAAGCUCGGGAAUUGAAUAAGCAAAAGGAGAGCUUUUUUGUACCUUUCGAAAAAGCGCCAGCGAAUGGGGGCUCACACAAUGGCUUCUCAGGGCGGCGGUGGAGUUGGGGGGAGACAAGGCUCCGCCGCCUACGGCGUCGCCCUUGAUGAGGUCGAGACCCACUUGGGCGAGCCCCUACACAGCAUGAACCUCGACGACCUCCUCCGCCACGUCCUCCCCUCCGACCUCGGCAGCACCACCGCCUCCUCCACUGCGGGGCACUCUCAGAGGCACGGCGUCGAACACCUGGUGGGCGCCUCCGCCUCGGACAUCCACCGCGGCGGCCGGAGGCGCCUUCCGGAGGGCGGCGGCGGCGGCGAGCGGCCGCCGGCGCUGGGGGAGGUGACGCUCGAGGACUUCCUCUCGAGGGCCGGCGCAGCCGCGGAAGAAGGCGGCGGCGGAGGUGGUGAUUCGGUACAGCGGAAUCAUCAUCAGCCGGGAAUUACGGGGAUCUACGUAACUAGGCCAUUGGCGCCGGCGCCGGCGCCGGCGCCGGCGAGGAAGAGGGCGGCGGCGCCGGCGGCGGAGAAGACGGUGGAGAGACGGCAGAAGAGGAUGAUCAAGAAUCGGGAGUCGGCCGCGCGGUCGCGGGCGAGGAGGCAGGCUUACACGAAUGAGCUUGAGAACAAGGUAUCGCACUUAGAAGAAGAGAACGAAAGGCUCAGAAAAGAGCAGCAGUUGGAACCGCUAGUACAUUAUGCACCUCAACAAGAACAAAAACACCAGCUCCAUAGAACAAGUUCCGCGCCCUUCUGAUCAAAUUCAAACCAAAUCUCAUGCUUUCAUACAAUGUUUACUUGAAUUUGCAGUGUAACAGUGAUGUUCACUUCUCAUGUUCUGCGACUU